CUCCCAGUGACCCUUAGACCCGUCCCAGUCCCCCGCGGUUCUCUCCCAGUCCCCCCCAGUUUGUCCCAGUUUGUCCCAGUUUGCCCCAGUGCCAUGUGGAGCGGGUCCCCGCGCGCGCUGCUCGGGAAGGUGGCGCUGGUGACGGCGGCCACGGACGGGAUCGGGCUGGCGGUGGCCGAGGCUCUGGGCGUGGCCGGGGCUCAGGUGCUGAUCAGCUCCCGGCGGGAGAGCAACGUGGAGAGAGCUGUCACUCACCUGAGGGGGCGGGGCCUGCAGGUGAGCGGCGUCACCUGUCACGUGGGGCGUGCCGAGGAUCGGGAGAGGAUGGUGCAGGCGGUGAGAGAGAGCUGGGGGCACCUGGGAUACACCUGGGCACACCUGGGCACACCUGGGAUACUCCAAGGGGGCGGGGCCAUCGUGCUGAUGUCAUCGAUCGCCGGGUACCAGCCAAUGGCGGGGCUGGGCCCGUACAGCGUCAGCAAAUCGGCCCUGCUGGGGCUGGUGGCCGCCCUGAGCCCGGAGCUGCUGCCCAGGGGCAUCCGCGUCAACGGCGUCGCCCCGGGGCUGGUCCAGACCCGCUUCAGCCAGGCCCUCUGGAAGGACGAGGCCGUGCGGGAGCAGGCGCUGGGAGCGCUGGGAGCGCAGAGGCUGGGCACGCCCGCGGAGGUGGCUCAGGCCGUGCUGUUCCUGGUGGCCCCCCAGAGCUCCUUCGUGGCCGGGCAGACGCUGCUGGUGGCCGGGGGGGCCGGGGCCCGCCUCUGACCACGCCCUCCGCGGAAAAUAUGCAAAUUUAUGCAAAUGAGAGGAGCAAUGACAGAUUGAAUGUGUCUCUGACCACACCCACCGCGGAAAAUAUGCAAAUCUAUGCAAAUGAGAGGAGUAAUGAAAGAUGGUGUUUGCCUGCGACCACGCCCACACCGGCGAAUAUGCAAAUUUAUGCAAAUGAGGUUAUGAAUUAUAGAACGUGCCCGCCUCUGACCAUGCCCACUGCACAGAAUAUGCAAAUUCACGCAAAUGAGAAAAAGUAAUGAAGAAAUGAGCAUGCCUCUGACCACGCCCACCUCAUUAAAUAUGCAAAUGAGGGUGACAAAGGGUUGGAUGUGCCGCUGACCACGCCCACGCCGUGAAAUGUGCAAAUUUAUGCAAAUGAGGGCAGUGAUCGUAGGACUGUGUGCUGCUCUGACCACGCCCCCUGCGCCAAAAUAUGGAAAUUUAUGCAAAUGAGACGAAGAGUGAAUGGUUGAUCCGAGCUCUGACCACGCCCAGUGCAAUACACUAAUUUAUGCAAAUGAGGACACCAAUAAAGGUCUCAACAAUUUUGUGGCCACGCCCA